AUGGGGCGGCAGAGGGAUGACGGCGGCGAGACGUCCGAGACGAAGCGGUCUCCGGAGAGCGGCGUGACGUCGUUCCUCGCCGGCUCGAGCGCGGGUCUCGUCUCCAGCGGCAUCCUUCAGCCGUUCGAGGUCAUCAAGACGCGGAUGCAGGCGCACAAAUUGCGUCCGGGAAGCAUCAACAAGAGCAUGUUCAAGACCGCCGGGUGCGUCGUCAGGGACGAGGGGAUUCGAGGUUUAUGGUCCGGGGUCACCGCGUCGUGCGUGCGCACCGCCGCGGGCGCGGGUCUGUACUUCCUCCUCCUCGAGCGCGUGACGAAGGAGGUGAACGCGCGAUUCCCGGAGUCCCCGAACGCGUCGCAGUCGUCCGUCGCGCUGAUGAAGACGUUCGCCGUCGGCGCGGUGUCUAGAAGCUUAGCCGCGACGCUGCUGUGCCCGCUCACGGUCGUGAAGACGCGGAUGGAGUACACGUCCAUGAGCGGGACCGCGUACACGGGGGUGACGAACGCGCUCGUGACGAUAGGACGAACGGAGGGGAUGCGGGGGUUAUUUUCCGGGCUCGGGUCGACGCUGUUGCGGGACGCGCCGUUCAGCGGAUUAAACCUCGUCGUGUACACGCAGACGAGGAAGAUGAUGCAGGACAUGCGCGCGAAGGAAGGGCGCGCGAUGACGCCGUUCGACACGUUCGUCGCCGGGGCCAUCUCCGGGGGGGUCGCGACGUUCUUGACGCACCCGCCGGACGUGUUGAGGACGCGGAUACAGCUGAGGAGCGUCAACGUGACGUUCGCGUCCGUCGUCGCGGACGAGGGAAUUCGGGCGCUGUGGGUCGGGUCGCUGCCAAGGAUCGCGCGACGGACGCUGCAGCAGGCGAUGACGUGGAGCCUGUACGAGUACGUCGCGAAGAACCUCGGCGGGACCGCGUUGUCGCCGUGA